CUAUUGGUACAAAGUUUCCUUCUCUGCAAAGUAUGUUCAAGUCCUGUUAGAGUCCCUCAGUUGCCAGAAAACCAGGUUUUAGCAGAUCUAAAGAAUGGAAGUGAAUCUGCAAAUGCGCUGUCCGAUAAAUUGUUUUCUUUACUUGAACCGCACGAAGAGGAUGGCCUAAGGAGCAGUACAGAAAACCAUAUUUUCCUCUCACGAGUUUCUCGCUCACUGAACCCCUGUGAGGAAAAGAGAGUCCGAAAGUGGAAUCAUUGCCUUGAAAGACAUGUCGCUGAGGUUCAUUGCAAGAAGCAUAGUGUUGGUUGUUACUCACCAGGCAAUAUUCCACCGAAAUGCAAGAAAAAUUACAAAAUCGUUUUUGGUCCAAGUGGUUCUUGUACAAUGGCUUCGAAUUGCACGUGCGCGGCGUGA